AUGGAGGAUCUCCCGGAGGCACUGCUGGCAGAGAUCAUCAAGAGGGUUACCAAAAGAAGUGACUUGAAUUCUCUUUCCCUUGUCUCGAAGCGUCUCUUCGCCAUCCAGGCUGAGCAAAAGGGGUCCAUCCGGGUUGGUUGUGGCCUUUGCCUUGCCACUGAAGCUUUGGUGUCACUCUUCUCCCGGUUCCCCAAUUUGUGGAAAGUUGAGAUCGAUUAUGCUGGCUGGACACCUUCCCACGGGGAUCAGUUGGACAACCAUGACCUCUUUGUGAUUAUAUCUUGCUGUCCCUCUCUAACCGAUCUCACACUAAGUUUCUGUUCACAAAUCGAUGACACCGGUCUUGGUUAUCUAUGCUACAGCGAGAAAUUGACUUCCCUCAGGCUGAACUCUGCAACUGAAAUAACUUCUUGUGGACUUCUCUCGGUUGCAGUUGGUUGCAAGAGUCUGUCUUCCCUCCACCUUAUCAACUGUGAGAAAGUAGGCAGUACCGAGUGGCUGGAGUAUCUAGGCUUGAAUGGAUCAUUGGAAGAAUUUGUACUCAAGAAUUGCAAUGGAAUCAGCCUGUAUGACCUCAUAAUGCUUGGUCCAGGAUGGAUGAAGCUACGCAAGUUUGAAUUUCGAAUGGGAGGAUUAUGGGAUGUUCAUGAGGGAUAUGAUCAUAUGGAAAUCGAUGUUGCUCUGGCUAGUGCAUGGCCUGAGAAGCAGGAGGGAACAUGCAGGAGAAAACUACUUGCCGGUACUUUAUCCCUUGUUAAUUCAUGUUACUUUUCUGGAACAAAUAUUAUUCCAGAUGCAGAAGUAAACUCGGAAGAGAAAGAUGAUAGCAUGGUAGCAUCUUCAAAUGGUAUGGGGUGCACAGCCCUGAAAGUAUGGAAUUAG